CCCGGUAGAAGUCUUGACUGACCAACCGCUGGGUGCAGUGUUGCGAAAUUCAACAUCCUCCGGGAGGAUGGUGAAGUGGGCGAUGAUGUUAACUCAAUUCAACAUUGAGUACCGGCCGAGAUCAGCAAUCAAAGGGCAAGCCCUUGCGGACUUCCUCGUGGAAAUGACCGGUGUAACUCCAGAUGCACCGGUCGACAAGCCUACCGAGCAGUGGUGGGAGAUGGCAGUAGACGGGGCGUCCGGUCCUAAAGGUUACGGGGGUGGUAUAGUUUUUACUACCCCGGAAGGAUUCAAAAUUUACCAUGCAAUCAUCUUCAACUUCAAGCUGACAAACAACGAGGCAGAAUACGAAGCUCUGGCUGGAGGGCUCAGACUUGCCCAAGCCCUGAAGAUCGACCGGGUCCGAAUCAAAUCUGAUUCCAGUUUAAUCGUUGGACAAGUGACCUGUAACAUGGAAGCCAGAGAAGGGCGAAUGGCCCAAUACAAGGACCUGGUGAUUGCCUUGUUGAAAGGCUUUGAAGAAUUCAAGAUCGCCCAAAUCCCCUGGGCGGAAAAUGCAGAUGCAGACCUUCUCUCCAAAUUGACGCAGUAUGUUCCCGAGCAUGUUUCAAAACUUGCCCGGGUAGAAAUUCUUGAUCAUGCCAGCAUUGAAAAAUUGGAAGUAGCCGCCAUAGCAGAAGCAGGCCAACCUGACCGGUCAAACUUGGUCGGGGUGGAUGACCACUGGAUGUAUGAUCUGAUGGAAUAUCUGAUGGACGGGACCUUGCCGGAACAAGAUGACCGGGCAAGAAAAGUGAAGCUCAGGGCACCCCGGUUCCAAGUCCUUGACGGAAAGCUGUACAAGAGGGCGUUCGGGGGACCCCUCCUAAGGUGCCUAACCAACCGAGAGGCUGAACGGGUCAUAGCAGAAGUCCAUGAAGGUGUAUGCGCGGCGCAUCAAAUGUCCCGCACUCUUUCCCAGCGCAUCAUCUUGUUGGGGUAUUACUGGCCAACAAUUGUCCAGGAUUGCGAGAGGUACGUCCAGAAGUGCAGAACGUGCCAAGUGUUCUACAAGUACCCUGGUAGGCCGGCAACCUACUAUCACCCCGUAUCAAAUGUCAUCCCUUUCGCUAGAUUCGGGGUGGAUAUCAUUAGAGCGUUCCCAAUUGCCCAAGGAAGGAAGAAGUUUGUAAUCGUGGCCAUCAAUUACUUCACCAAGUGGAUUACAGCUGAAGCACUAUCCAAUAUCACCACGCAACAAUGCAAGAAAUUCAUUUGGAAGAACAUCAUCACAAGGUUUGGGGCUCCCAUGAACCUAAUCACCGACAACGGCCCACAAUUCCGAAAUCCAAGAUUCACCGAAUACUUGGAGGGCUUUGGAAUUAAGCACAACCGUUCUUCGGUGGCCUACCCCCAAGGAAAUGGCCAGGUGGAGAAUGCCAACCGAACAAUUGUGGAUGGUCUAAAGAAGCGGCUGGGAGAAGCGGGAAACAAGUGGCUGGAAGAGCUCCCCCACAUCAUAUGGGCGUUCCGAGUAACACCCAGGAGGGUUCAUGGGGAAACUCCAUUCUCCCUAACUUAUGGGUGUGAAGCAAGGCUGCCCAUUGAAGCUGAAUUCCCAACGUUUCGGGAAUCAAAUUAUCAGCCCUAGCAAAAUGAAGAAGACCACUUGGU